AUGGACGGAGAGGAGCUUUGGGACAUUUCUCAGGUACUCGAAGAGACUGGGAAAGGCAAGCUGAACAAGCAAGAUGUUUUUGUCCUGGUCAUCGUUAACGAAUGGAGGAUGGAAGCCGUCGAUAUCGAUUUUUCCAUCCUGUCUUUGGUGCGCUCUGGGAAUCCCUGCUCCAUAUUGAUCUGUGGCUGA